AUGAAGUUUUCCGCGGCGGCUGCGAGUGUCAAAAUGUCGCUGGAAGAUUUUAUGGAUGGUCGUCGGACAUAUGCAAGCGAUGGCCAUCGACAAUCAAGGGUGGAAGGAGAUGAGAUACAAUCUUCCCGAAUAAAUGAAUCCACAACGGCAAUUGGAUCCCCACAUCGCAUUGCAGAAGGACCGCUCAAUGUAACCAUCUCCGGAUUUCCUACCUCUUCUUCUUUUCGUAGAAGAUUUGUGAGGCUUCCAAGUGGCGCGAGGUCAUCCUUUAGUAUUACAAUUACACCAUCGAAGAGUCCUCGAGCGAGAAAAAUUAAACCUAAAAUGUACCACCAUGAACCCACCUUCAAGUCGGACGGUCUAAAGAAAGCUGAUGGGAAAAAUCUCAUUCAAACUGCGGCUCCAGCUUCAUUGUCACGAUUAACUGGGACAUGCCUCGGACUACCCCCGGAGGGCCAUCGCCACUCUCCUAUCUCAUGUUACUUAUUGAUAUUUUCUUCACUGCACCCAGCAACGCAAAAUACUUCACAUUCAUGCACCCAAAGGAGAGAAUCGUUUUGCUGGGGAUUCCUUACUAUGGAUUUUCUAUUUUGCAUCAAUAGAAUCAAAAAGCUACGGUCUAUCACUGUUAAGCGAGAAACCCUGUUGAAUUCGAUGAAAAAGAACUCUAGCUUAGUGCCUCUUGAAAUACAACAGAUGUGUGCCGCAGUUUGCUUCAUUUCCUUCCUAACGCGGCCAGGUAAUCUCUGGCUGAUACCCCUGGGCACCAGCCCAUUAUAA